GCCGGGAGAGGCUGGUGUGAAGAGCCGCAUUUCAAUGAGGGCCGGGCUAAUGCAAAUCACUGCAAUCGGCAGCAGCAGCAGAAAGGCGAAGCAGCUGCAGCCCGGGCUCCCCAGCAGCGCUCUCCAGCCGGGGGAGGCGUAACAAAGGCAUCCGAGCCGCUUUCUGCGGCAGCUCCUGCGAUCGCAGCCGGGUGGUCGCCGGGGGGGGGGGGGAGCUGCCGCCCCUCAGCCGCUUCCCAGCUCGGCCCGCCGCCGCCGCCGCCUUCCCAGCUCGCCCUGCCGGCAGCUCCGAGGGAGAGAGGCUCUCGCCGGGCUGCGGACAGCAGAUUGAACUUCGAGAUGUCGUUUGGGAGAGACAUGGAGCUGGAGCAUUUUGAUGAGCGUGAUAAAGCGCAGCGGUAUGGCCGAGGGUCCCGGGUAAAUGGUUUGCCCAGCCCUACCCACAGUGCCCACUGCAGCUUUUACCGAACCCGUACUCUGCAGACCCUGAGUUCCGAGAAGAAGGCCAAGAAAGUUCGUUUCUAUCGUAACGGAGACCGGUAUUUCAAAGGGAUUGUAUACGCCAUCUCCCCUGACCGCUUUAGAUCUUUUGAAGCUCUGCUGGCUGAUCUGACCCGAACUCUGUCUGACAAUGUGAACCUGCCCCAGGGAGUGAGAACUAUCUACACAAUCGAUGGCUCCAAAAAGAUUUCCUCCUUGGACCAGCUAGUAGAAGGGGAAAGCUAUGUGUGUGGUUCAAUAGAGCCCUUCAAGAAGCUGGAGUACACGAAGAAUGUAAACCCAAACUGGUCAGUGAAUGUUAAGACAACUUCUACUUCUCGUUCAGUGCCGUCUCUUGCCACUGCUAAAGGAGGUACUCCAGAUACAAAAGAAAAUAAGGAUUUCAUUAGGCCUAAACUAGUCACUAUCAUCAGAAGUGGAGUGAAACCACGGAAGGCAGUCCGGAUUCUGCUUAACAAGAAGACAGCACAUUCAUUUGAACAGGUUCUUACUGAUAUAACUGAUGCCAUCAAGCUUGAUUCGGGAGUCGUUAAGCGCUUGUAUACACUAGAUGGAAAACAGGUGAUGUGCCUUCAGGAUUUCUUUGGUGAUGAUGACAUUUUUAUUGCAUGUGGACCGGAAAAGUUCCGUUACCAGGAUGAUUUCUUGCUGGAUGAAAGUGAAUGUCGAGUGGUGAAAUCUACUUCUUAUACCAAAAUAGCUUCAAGUUCACGAAGGAGCACCACCAAGAGCCCAGGUCCAUCCCGACGCAGCAAGUCUCCUGCUUCUACCAGCUCAGUGAAUGGAACCCCUGGUAGCCAACUUUCUACUCCCCGUUCUGGGAAGUCUCCAAGCCCAUCUCCCACCAGCCCUGGAAGCCUACGGAAACAGAGGGACCUGUAUCGCCCACUCUCCUCGGAUGAUUUGGAUUCAGUAGGAGACUCAGUGUAAAAGAGAAAAUGGAACAAUGUUUAUGGUUUGUGAUUUGGUGAAGGUUUAACAUUUUUAAAGAGAAUAGCUGCUAAUUUACAGUGAUAGUGAAUCACACAAAAGAGUUUUGCAUAUUUAAUAUUAAAAACGUCGGGCCAAAUUAAUUCUAGUAUGCGGGGGUAUUUUUGGCUUUACCACUGCAUUUUAAUGCAAGAAUUUGUAAUGAAUGAGCCAUUGAAUGUGUCCAUCAAAUACAAAACAGCAUUAUGCACACUGUAAGCAGUGAAGAUUGUAUAAGGUGAAUAUAACGCACAAAUCCAUAGUGGGCACAUUUAUGAAUAGCACUCUUUUUAGCAUCUGAGGUACUGAUUAUAUGUUCUGUUUUUAACAUAGGUAACUUUAUUCGUUUUGAUAUGAACAGCUAACAAAUGCUUUGCUUUUACCAGUGAGUGGGUAAAAUGCAGAAAAGAGAAAGCUGCCGUAUUAAGCUGCUUGUACCACACUCUCUGCUCCCAAUGCAAACAUUUGGAACACUUCAAUCUCAUUCCUUUCCAAGUUUAGUCUUUUUGGCUAUGUGAAAAGAAGGGGAAGAAAUCCUUUGUGCCCACAGAACAGAAAGUAGAUGCUUUCAAAGCAGUGUUGAAGCAGUGUAAAGUGGUCACAGGCAAUGUGAAUGUUUUCCCUUACAAGGGCUGCUAAUGCUGAUCAUCCUGCUGUUGCAAGUAAACGUGGACACGUUUCUAAAGAGGAAAUCUGUGGGCCUACAAGUUACCAGCGCAGUGUGACACGCAUGAUGACACCUUUUGGUAAAGCACAUUUUGCCUGAGAAACUACUGAUUAUUUUCACUUACGUUAAGGACAAGAACAUUUUCUGUCCUUCAUUUGCCGCAGUAAGAAGUUGAUGUCAUUUUAAAAUGAAAGCAUACAGAAAUUGUGGUACUGUAAAUCAUCCUCCUAUCGACCUCAUUUCUCUGUUUGCAUCAUUUCUAGAGGUGGUCAUUUUGUGCAGCAUGAAUAUGCAAAACUCCUUUAGUGUUAAAGUAGGUCAUGCAUUAUAACCAAACGCUUAACAAAUAUCUACUAAUUUUAUUUGUUUUCUGCUGCUUUAUCGUGAGAUAUUUAGUCAGCUACUUUCGUUUACAUAAUAGCAAUAUUUCUCAUUGUACGUUGCAUAUUAACAUUAGUAUUUAUCUGUUGUACUUAAGCCUAAAGUGUAGUGAUGACACACUUUUACUGUUUUACACAUUUCCUUUUAGUACCUUAAUUACCAAUGAUUUAAGAAUUAGAAAUUAGUGUUAUUUUGGUCCUCAGCAAAAAUCUAUAGAGAUUAUAUUUUUGAUCUACUUAGCGAUGAUUUAAUAUAUUUUGAAAGCAGGAAAAUGUACUUAUUGGAAUAAAGUGGUUAGCUGCCACAUGCCAACUUUUAAAUACAGUGAAAUAACAAAAUUCAGCAUCUGGGAAAUGUUGGCAUGUGACAUUGUGGCUUCACUGUAUCAUUAUCCGUUUUCUUUACGGAGAACAUUUACAAAAAUAAAUGAAAGGGCAGCAGAAUACAAAACUUACCUUCUCUGUUUUCAGUACUUGGUUCCAGUAUCACCUGGAGAGACAGUCAUUGCUCUGGUAGGUUUGCUGAAGCAGUUAGAUCAUUCCAUUUUGAAAUGCAUAUUUUGCCAUUCCUGCUUCAGAGUUCAGAUUUAAAACCAGCAAUAGGAACAGUCUCCCUCACAUACUCCGACAUAGGGCUGUCCUGUUCUCCUGAAAACAUUCACAGCUGUGAAGUUACUUGCAUUUUUUGCCUGUUAUGAGGGAAUGUCUUAGUGAAAUGUAUUACUUCAUCCCAAGAAACCUGCAUAGUGUUGAGGUGCAUUGGGAUCAGCUUCCAAAAGCUCGAAGAACUCCACUAGACUGAACAAAAUACUUACUGACUUUUUGCAAAUUGCUUUUUCCUGGAAAGAAAAUAAAUUCCAGGAAUUUUAUUUUUCCUCUCCUCUUCCUUAUAGACUACUGCUGCUCAAGGCAGUUUAUUAAGAAUGUUUGUUCUGCUUAAAGAGCCCAGAUUGCCAGCAAAUGGGAAUGGCGUGGCUUUGCCUAGCUGUGGAAAAGAAAAAUGGGCCUUAUAUCAGUAAUUGUUAUCGUAGCAAGUUUUCCAUCAGGACUCUUGCAAAGACUACGCUAGUCCAUUGCAUUUAAUCAUUUCAACAUAUGACUUGUAUUAAGGGGCUAUUCAGGGGCAAUACAUAUCAUUAAUAUUUCAUUUAAGGAAUGAAAGUCCCAUAGAGAUUGAAAAGGUACACUGUUUAUAGGCUUUGAGAUCCCUUUUGUGUGGAAUGUAAUUCCCAUUAUACAUGAGCAGAAAUGAAAUGUUUCUUUUGAGCAAGACCAGGAGGUUUCAGUUUAUUGGUGAAACUGAAAUUGUUUCAUGAUGCUGUAGUUCUGCUUGCAGCAGCACAGGUUUUAGUUUGUCCCUAGAUUUUAUCAGCUGCAUUAAAUAAAAGAAUAGCUCAAGUAACUUUAUAGUGUUUGAACCUCUUAUAGUUCUCUGUACGCUGCAUUAUUUGUGCCUACUAUCAGGUGAUUAUGAUGUAGCUAAAGAGCCUUGUAUAGCUAGUGAAUGCUUUGCUUCCCUUUGAGCUUUUUGAAUACUUGUGAUUAUUUCCCUAAUGCUUUCUGCAACUUUCUGGAUUAUUUGUAACCUCUUUUCUUUCUCUUUUAUGCAACAAACAGUUCAUAUGUGAAGCACAGAAUGUGUGUGUGUACAUGUACAUCUGUGCACACACACACAGAUACGUAGACUAACGGCUUUCAAGUUGAUGCACAGUUAUGUCACGUUUGUGACUUGUUUGAAUUAAUGUUUGGGGAAAAUGUAUGGUGGGAAGUUGUUCAUCUGGUGGGAAUCGCUUCAGCUCUGUCGAAGGCGAUGGAGCUGUACCGAUCUGUCCACGCUGAGCAGUUCCCCUUAGGAAUUCUGAACAAUGUUAAGAGAUCUCAUGUACAAACAAGGGCUUGGUUCCGCUCUGUUUUGAGCUGAUGGCAAAAACGUGAUGGACUUCAAGGUGGGAAGGAUAAGAACUUAUGCACAAAGUAUAUACACACAGACAAAACAUUAAUCAUGAAGUUGAAAUGGCAUUAUUUGGACAAGAUCAGACUUUUGUCUCCUUGUGAGCUGCACUGUUCUGCAGUGUAAUUAAUUGUACAAUAUUAUUUGCUUUUUGUUGCUGUUGUUGAAAUCAGUGAAAUGGUUAACAUUCACUAUCCACUGUGAAAAUUGCUUUUCAAUUUCUAAAAUAAUUCAGGGACAGCGCGUUAUAUUUGGUUAUUUUCCCUUAAAGCCAUUUUCGCAGUCUGUAACAUGAAAACUCUGAGGAAUUAAAAUUGUGAACAUGCAUGUGUAUUGUAAGAAGGGAUACAUCAUAUUACAUCUCCUUGAAGAACACAUAGGUUGAGAUUUUUGGGGGCUUAAAAAUUGAAAUAAAUACAUUGUUUGCCUUUACAGCUUUGUAUUUCACCCAGCAAUGUGAACUUUAUGUAGUUCAGUAUGUUACGGAAAAUGUUUUUGGACUCUAAAAGUUAAAAUGAAUUAACAGUCAUAGAGAAGAGAACAUCUGAUGAACCCAAAUUGCUAGUUCUGUCAAAAGUUGUAGAUGGACAAAAAAUCGUUACGGUGCUAAAUUACCUCAUCACCUGAUGAAUGCUUGGAUUAAUGUUGUCUGUGCUAUCUUGUAUCCAGUUCGUGGUAUGCAGCCUACUGCAAGAUUGCUCUUAGUUUAAUCUUCACUUUCAGUUCAUCUGUUAGUGAUGGCAUGAGAUCUUGCACUUCUUGAAUGAUAAAGAGAAAAAUAACCUUAUGUUACUCAGCCAGCAGUGGUUUUACAGUGGAUAAAAGCAAGCAAUGAUUGUUGCACUCUUCUGAAAUGAGUGGGAUGCCUCCCGGGCAAAUGCCUCUGUUCAACAACUGACAUUCUGAGCUGUGUUUGCCAUAGUAAGCCACCUUUGGGCUGGCUUGUUUUGCCUGUUUGACAGUGCACCUGAUUUUUUGGGUGCCCUGUCUCCCCAUCGAAGUCAGUGGCUAUGUAGAUACAUGGGUUGUGUACGCACAGUUUGUAGAAGGGUUAAAAACACACACAGUGCACGCAUACACAUUUGUAUGGAUUUUAAGUGUCUGUAUUUCUGCAUGUUCAUUAUAUUCAAAUUUGCUUAAAUUAACCCUCAACAGUAAAGUAUGAAAAAAGAUAUAUUGUUUUCAGCGUGUACUUGUUGUCUGAUGUUAUAUGAGGUAAAUAGUUUGUGGUUUGCCCUGCAAUACAGUGUUUUGGGAUUUGAGCUGUAGUGAAAGAGGAGCUACCAAUGUUUGUGCUAAGGUCUCUUUGUUUCGUUAGUUGCACUAUGAUCUUGUAAAUACUGGCACAUUUCCAACAUAAGCUUAAGAUUUUACAAAGUUAUGCAUACAAUUAUUUUUUUUAAGAAAAGUGCUUGGAUAUUUGCUUUUGAAAAUAUACCAUUUUUUUGUAUUGAUGUGAUGCAGGAAACCAAAAAGAUAGCUGUUGAUUUAUCAGCAAGAAAAAAAAAAAAAAAAAGGUAAAACUUGCAAAAAUAAAUGCGGAUGAAUGUUUUAUUUCAUAUAAUAACAGCAGAAGAAAGUCACCUUCACUUUUGUGCCAUUGUUUCAUCAUACUGUGUUGUACUUGUGUUUCAUAUUUGACCAUGUCAUCCCGGUUGCAAUUGGUUGUUUCGCUAGAUUUAACAUUACUGUAGAUUAUUGUAAGUGAUGUAAUAAAUAUAUUUAAAAAAUA